AUGGUAACGCCACCAUUGGAAGAAGAUGAAAGAGGAAGCAAUAGCGUCAACCAAAAGCAAAUGAAUGAGACUAUCGUAACCGAGGUAGCCAGACUAGUGGCUCAGCAGUUAGAGGCCUUUAAACUUGAUCAGGAAAAUUCGAGAAGAGCACGUAAGGAACGUGAUAAGCAAAGUCAAGCAGAUGCUAGCCAUCACUCAGACUACUACAGUCAUUCUUCUAAGACAAGUAGUCACCGACGAAGAAGAAGUGCUAGAGAUGAGCGAGUGAUUCCUAGGGAUAAUCUAGCUGGAGUGAAAGUUCGUAUUCCUUCUUUCCAAGGCAGCAACGACCCUGAGGAGUAUCUUGAAUGGGAAAAGAAGAUGGAACUCGUCUUCAAUUGUCAUGAGUACACUGAAGAGAACAAAGUCAAAGUUGCACCUACCGAGUUCACCGGGUAUGCACUAAGUUGGUGGGAUCAGCUAACUCUUACUAGGAAGCGUGUAGGAGAUUUUCCAGUAGAGACUUGGAAUCAGAUGAAGCAUCUUAUGAGGAAAAGAUUCGUGCCAAGUCACUAUCAUAGAGAGCUACACCAUCGGCUGAGAAACUUGGUACAAGGCAAUAGGACCGUUGAAGAGUAUUUCAAGGAGAUGGAAACUUUGUUGAUAAGAGCUGAUAUUCAAGAAGAUCCAGAAGCCGCCAUGUCUAGAUUCAUGGGAGGAUUAAACCGAGAUAUUGCUGACAAAUUGGAGGUUCAAAAUUAUGAGGAGCUAGAGGAAAUGAUGCACAAGGCAAUUAUGUUCGAAAAACAACUUAAAAGGAGAAGCUCCAAGUCGAGUUUUGUUCCAGAAAAAUCUAGCUAUCACCGAGAAGUGAAGUCUGGAACUUCAAGAGAUUACAAGCCGUUUGUCAAGCCCAAGGUUGAGAGUGUGGAUCUUAAAGGAAAAAGUACUAACGUUGCACCAAGGACAAGAGACAUUAAGUGCUUUAAGUGUCACGGCAUUGGACAUUAUGCUAGUGAAUGCUCCAACAAGAGGGUUAUGAUCAUCAUGGCAAAUGGGGAAGUUGAAUCUGCAGAUGAGAAGCCUAAGGAAAGACAACUUGAGGAUGAAUCAUCGGAGGAAGAGUAUGAAUCAGCCGCUAAAGGACAAAUGAUGGUGGGAGUCACCAUGAGAGCUUUGAGUGUCAUCACGAAAUCUGAUGAGCAAGAACAAAGAGAGAACUUGUUCCAUACAAGGUAUCUGGUUAGGGAUCAGAUUUGCAGCGUGAUCAUUGACGGUGGAAGCUGUACAAACGUUGCUAGCGAGACUAUGGUUGCGAGACUUGGGUUGCAAGUAAUCAAGCAUCCGAAACCAUACAAGCUGCAGUGGCUGAAUGAAAAUUGCGAAAUGGCUGUGGAUAAUCAAGUCAAGGUACCUCUAUCAAUUGGAAAAUAUGAGGAUGAGGUCUUAUGUGAUAUUUUGCCAAUGGAAGCUAGCCAUAUACUGUUGGGAAGACCAUGGCAAUCGGAUAGGCAGGAAUAUAGGGAUGUGUUUCCUGGGGAGAAUCCGGAGGGAUUACCACCCAUUAGAGGCAUAGAACAUCAAAUCGAUUUUAUCCCGGGAGCCUCAUUGCCAAACAAACCAGCUUAUAGAACUAAUCCCGUGGAGACUAAGGAACUAGAAAAGCAAGUCACGGAACUCAUGAAGAAAGGACACAUCCGUGAAAGCAUGAGUCCAUGUGCUGUGCCCGUACUACUAGUACCUAAAAAGGACGGAAGCUGGAGGAUGUGUUUUGUUGUGAGUGCAGAUGGUGUUAAAGUGGAUGAAGAGAAGGUAAAAGCAAUUAAAGAAUGGACUAGUCCAACCUCCGUAGGAGAAGUGAGGAGCUUUCAUGGACUUGCGGGAUUUUACCGAAGAUUCGUUAAGGACUUUAGCACCUUGGCUGCUCCGCUUACUGAAGUUAUCAAGAAGGACGUUGGAUUUAAGUGGGAAACGGCUCAAGAAGAAGCAUUUCAAACCUUGAAAGAGAAACUUACUCAGGCUCCUAUCCUUUCCCUACCUGAUUUUGUUAAAACUUUUGAAAUCGAAUGUGAUGCAUCGGGUGUUGGUAUUGGUGCUGUGUUGAUGCAGGAAAAGAAGCCUAUAGCUUAUUUCAGUGAAAAGCUAGGAGGAGCGACACUUAACUAUCCAACCUAUGACAAGGAACUCUACGCUUUGGUGAGGGCUUUACAAACGUGGCAACACUAUCUCUGGCCAAAGGAGUUCGUGAUCCACACCGACCAUGAGUCUCUAAAACAUCUCAAGGGACAACAAAAGCUUAACAAGAGGCAUGCUCGGUGGGUAGAGUUCAUUGAGACAUUUCCCUAUGUCAUCAAAUACAAAAAAGGUAAGGACAAUGUCGUGGCUGACGCAUUAUCCCGGAGGCAUGAAGGAUACUUGUUCUAUGAUAACCGUUUGUGUGUUCCUAACUCGUCUUUGAGAGAUUUGUUUCUAAGGGAAGCACACGGUGGAGGAUUAAUGGGACACUUUGGUGUGUCUAAAACUUUACAAGUCAUGCAAGAUCACUUUCAUUGGCCACAUAUGAGGCGAGAUGUUGAGAAAAUGUGUGAGAAAUGUUCAACUUGUAAACAAGCGAAAGCUAAGUCGCAACCCCACGGUUUGUAUACUCCUCUCCCUAUUCCUUUGCAUCCUUGGAAUGACAUUUCAAUGGACUUUGUAGUAGGAUUGCCUAGAACUAAAACGGGUAAGGAUUCAAUCUUUGUGGUGGUGGAUAGAUUCUCUAAGAUGGCGCAUUUCAUUCCAUGUCAUAAAACCGAUGAUGCUAAGCAUGUAGCCGAACUGUUCUUUAGGGAAGUUAUACGUCUACAUGGCAUGCCUAGGACCAUCGUAUCUGAUAGAGACACCAAGUUUCUUAGCUAUUUUUGGAAAACGCUUUGGUCUAAGCUAGGAACUAAGUUGUUAUUCUCCACUACUUGCCACCCCCAAACUGAUGGUCAAACCGAGAUAGUUAAUAGAACCCUAUCCACACUUUUGCGUGUGUUGAUCAAGAAGAACCUAAAGGCUUGGGAAGAUUGUUUACCACAUGUAGAAUUCGCUUAUAAUCAUUCCAUACAUUCUGCUUCUAAAUUUUCACCAUUUCAAAUUGUUUAUGGGUUUAAUCCCACCACUCCUUUGGAUUUGAUGCCUUUGCCUCUGAUUUGGAUUCAUCUCCGGAAAGACCGUUUUCCCAACGAAAGAAAGUCUAAACUAAUGCCAAGAAUGGAUGGACCUUUUAAAGUGCUUCAAAGGAUCAACAAUAACCCCUACAUACUGGAUUUGCAAGAUGAGUCGGAUUUGAGGACAAAUCCUUUUCAAGUGGGAGAGCCUGAUGUGAGCAUGGAAAGCAUGGAGAGCUUGGAGCAUGGAACUAAACCGCAGCUUGAACCCGUGGAGCUUGGAGCUGAAGAUGAUGAAGCAUUGAUCGUCCCCAAUGGUCCCAUGACAAGGUCUAGAGCAAAAGAGUUCAAUAAAGUCAUCAACAACCAUCUACUUACCAUUCAGGCCAGGCUUAGAAGUGAAGCUUGUCCAGCCACAUUGGUUGUGAUUCAAGUCGUCUAAGCGAUGACAAUGGAGGUGUGUGGACUUGUGCUCUUUUUCCCUCCUCUUGGUUUUGUCCCAAUGGGUUUUCCAAGAGAGGUUUUUAACGAGGCUUGGCCACAUACUUCUCAUUGUCAUCAUUCG